AUGACGAGAUACAGAUUAACCUAUCAAUUGAAAAAUAUAGCAUUAGAAUUUGGUGAAAAUGAUGGGAAAUAUUUCAUUCAAUUGGGCCAUUCAUCAACCGGAAAAAUUUUGAAUUUAUCCACUCUUCCCUCAUAUCUUACAGAGAGAAAAGUGAUUAUAAUAGAUUCAGUUAAAUCAGGAACAGGAAGAACACCGGGGAAAGAUAUAUACCUGGAUAUUCUUGAUCCAUUAUUUAAAGAGCUUUCUAUAGAACACGAAUAUCAUGCCACUAAAUCAGCAACAUCAAUCUCUGAAUUAGCACUGAGUUUGAAAGAUCAUAAAGUCACAAUAAUAUUCAUUAGUGGAGAUACUUCAAUCAAUGAGUUCAUCAAUUCAUUAAACGACUCCGAAAAAGGUGAAAUAGCGAUUUUCCCAAUACCUGGAGGAACAGGUAAUAGUUUAUCUCUUUCAUUAAAUAUCACCAAUCCAUUAGAUGCAAUCAUUAGAUUAUUUUCCGCAGGUACAACACUGCCAUUGAAUCUUUAUGAAGUUGAUUUCCCACAAGGAUCACACUAUUUGAUAGCUAAUGAAUUAGGAUCUCCAGUUCCUUCACAUUUGAAAUUUUUAGUUGUUUUAUCAUGGGGGUUCCAUGCUUCUUUAGUGGCAGAUAGUGAUACUCCAGAAUUAAGAAAACAUGGCAUUAAACGAUUUCAACUUGCUGCUCAUCAGAAUUUAAGUCGUGACCAAAAAUAUGAAGGAGAUUUUUAUAUCAAUGAUGUUGAAUUGAAUGGUCCAUUUGCUUAUUGGUUAGUGACAGCAUCACAGAGGUUUGAACCCACAUUUGAAAUAUCUCCCAAAGGUGAUAUUUUGAAAGAUGAGUUAUACGUGGUUACAUUUAACACACAGAAUACCCAAUAUUAUAUUAUGGAUAUAAUGAAAGAGGUCUAUGAUAAGGGAAGCCAUAUAAAGAAUCCAAAUGUGGUUUAUAAGAAACUUGAUAAAAAUGAUAAAAUACAAUUAAAAACGAAAAACUCCAAACCUUUGAUUCAAAGAAGAUUUUGCGUAGAUGGUAGUAUAAUUGCAUUACCUGAAACUGAGAGUCAUGAAAUUUAUAUACAUGUUAAAGAUAAUUCUCAACAUUCAUGGAAGUUAUAUAUAAUACAUUAA